GAAACAAGAACACAAAAACAAGAACUUAAAAGAAACUUUGAAAAGAAAAUGGGAAAGGGAGGAAACCUUAUGACGGCGACGGCUUCAGAGGUGGAGGAGCUACGACGGAAGAACGGGGAGAUGGAAAAAGUGGUGGAGGAAAUGAAGAAAGAGAUGUCACAGUUGUGGCGGCGGACGCAGGUGGCUGAGGAGGCUGAGGAGCAUCUCUGCUCUCAGCUCGCUGAGCUCGAAGCUGAAUCGCUAGAAGAGGCGCGUGAUUACCAUUCUCGCAUUAUUUUCCUCGUCAACGAACUCUCUCGUGUCUCUUCUUCAUCAUCCUCCUCUUCCUCCGACUUGGCCUCACCCUAGACAUAUUAUAUAUGUAUAUAUGAUAUGUGUGUAAAGGAUAUAUCCUUAUAAUUGUUGGAUGUAACUUUAAACACAAAAAUGGCUCAUAUCAAUGCCAAUUUGUAUAUAUAGUUCUUUUGUUUUUUCUUUUGCUCCAGAAAGUCUUGGAACAAGCUUCAAACUGUUUUGAAUUAAAAUUUGGAUUUCCAAAGCAAUUAAACAAACGAAAAUGCUCAUUUUUGUUAUUG